AUGGAGCAGCAAGACAAUGGCAAUAACCUUGUUCUUAAUAUUUUGGCCUUGCAUAUCAUAAUUGAUUUGCAGCAAGACAAUGGCAAUAACCUUGUUCUUAAUAUUUUGGCCUUGCAUAUCAUAAUUGAUUUGAUUGCAGAAUCGCUGCAUUACGAGCAGAAAAGCGUAGAGGAGAUUGGUCAAUGCGUCCAUACUCAUUUGAAAGAAGUUGAACUCAGUGGAUUUUCUGGCACCUGGAGUCACAUGGAGUGUGCCAUAUAUUUAUUGAGAAAUGCUGUUGCACUCAAUCAGAUGGUUAUUGACCCAUGGUACUAUACUGGACUCGAUUUGAGUGUUGGCCCAUACAGACAUAGAUGGGCUGAAGGGGUAUGGAANGUGUAG